AUGGACAUAGCGACAACGAUUACAUCAACCCUGUCUACCUCCACUGUUGUUCCUCUCGACCGCUCCUCUGUGUUAUGGGUGCUGAUCGUUGGCGUUAUAGUGGCUUUCUUUUUGGCAGCCGGUUUAGGAGCAAAUGACGUCUCGAAUACGUAUGGAACAUCCGUUGGAAGUGGUGUUGUCACGAUAUUUCAGGCCUAUAUAUUGGCUACAAUAUUCAUCACUAUGGGUGCGAUAUUAGUAGGUGAGACUCAUUUCUUUUCAUUCAUUCAGUAGAA